UUGCAUAUGUUAGUUAGGUUUUGUCGUUUUGAGGGAAGUGCAGAGUAGUGAGAAAUUCUCAAGAUUAUAGGGUUUAAAUUGCAAAACGCAGAGAGAGUGAGAGGGCGAAACGAUGUCGUACGACGAUGUGGAGAUCGAGGAUAUGGAGUGGAACGAGGAGUUGCAGGCCUACACGUACCCGUGCCCGUGCGGGGACCUGUUCCAGAUCACGAAGGAAGACCUUAUGCUCGGCGAAGAAAUCGCUCGAUGCCCUAGCUGCUCUCUCUACAUCACCGUCAUCUACAACCUCGAAGAUUUCCUCGCCGAUUCCGAUCAAAAUCGACGAAACAAGGGCCUCCAACCUUCCAAGCAGCAACCCCUCACCGUUGCUUGAAUUUCAGAUGUCCUGACAUGGAGAGCGCAAUAGGUUUUGUCACGGCUUUGAUUUAUCAUAGCAUCACAUAUAUUGUUUUGCAGAUAGGAAUUUUGGUUUUUUUUUUUUUUUUUUUAUGGAAAAGGGUAAUUAAUAAUAUGCUAGAUUAUAUUACAGCAAGAAUACUAAUCUUGUCACUCAACUCCAUUGAACUUUGGUAUGAUAUCAUGUCAAUUAUCUAGCCUUGUGAAACAUAUCGUUGUAAUAGUUAGACUUCAUAAUACCUUUUUCAGAAUUAUAGCAGCGACUUGUGUGAUAA